AAGAUUUGGAUAUUGAUCAAAAGAAUAUUAAAAAAAAAAUUAAUAUUUAUGAAAUAGAUGAAGCGCUGCGUCAAAGUAUUCAGUUAAGUUUGAAUAGAAUUUGUAUCAUCAAUAAGGAAGAAAUUUAUUGCAUGGUAUGCCGUAAAACAGUAUCAUUUUCACUACGAAAUGUCUAUGAACACUUUCGCAGUGUUGAGCACUCGUAUUUUCUAAUGCAAAUGGUCCAAGAUCAAAUGAAGUUCGACAGUGUACCGAAUGAAUUUAGUGAUCUACAUCUAGCACGUGAAAUGAUAGAAGACAAAAGUGAUCGACAUGUUGUCUGCUAUGCCUGCGAUCCUGUAAAACCUGCAGUUCUUCUAAAUAAUAACGACGCCUUGGGAAUUCACAUAAAUGAACGUAAACAUCAAGAUGAGAAAAAUAAGUUGAAGAAUAAUUUGCAACAAUUUAUCAGUGAUUUUAAUUCAAGACUAGAAUACAGUUGGUAUAAUGUUCAAAGGUACUGGUGCGUAGUUUGCAGUAUGCACUUUAAACUUGAGAACAGAUUUCACAAACAUCUAAAUUCACAGAAACAUCAGAAAAAAUGCGCGAAAUUUGUUGAGUUAGAAGAUUUUGUAUGCGAUUUUUGUCCAACGUGCGGUAUACUAUUCUACGGAUUUAAAAAUACAUUUACUUAUCACGCGAAUUGUAGAUUCCAUAAAUAUUAUGCUGACAAAUCAUUUUAUCUUAUUACGCGAUUACCGACUGCUGCUGAAGAACUACUGAUUAAUGCAGAGCAACUCAUGACAACUAAAUUAGAGGAGCUGGAUGAGGAAGCAGAGACAAUGAGAAAGAAUGAACAGUUAUUGUUAGAUGACUUAAAAAAUACUACUAGCAAUUACCUUGAUGUCAAAAUCCAUCCUUUUGGUUCUCGGAUCUCCGGAUUAGGGUCAAAGAAUAGUGAUUUUGAUAUUUUUCUUGAUUAUUUCAUAUUUUUUGAAAAGAGUCGACAUUCACUGAAGCAAAAUGAGAACAUUUGGACAGUUCAAAGAGUAAUUACGGAUUGUAGAAUUCCAAUUAUUAAAUUGGUACAUAGACCUACAGGUAUUGAUUGUGAUUUAUCUUUCACGAGUGGCCUUACAACUGAAAAUACUAAACUAAUCAAAAUGUAUCUUGAUAAGUAUCCUCUAUGCAGAAAACUAAUUUUAUUCAUAAAAGACUGGAUAAAUAUAUGCAACUUGAGUGGCGAAGAUGGAAUAAGUAGUUAUACUAUCGCUUGGAUGGUAAUUUAUUACUUACAAACAAAGUUUAUCUUACCAAGUGUUGCAGACUUAAUAACAGUUGAAGGAAAUUCAUGUAUGAUCAGCGGCUGGGAAACAGGAGUAUAUGAAGAUAUAUCAGACAUCAUUAACAAUUCUAGUUUUAAAAAUCUUCUUAGAGGUUUUUUUAUAAUGUGCGCUGGCUUUGAUUAUAGAAAUAAUAUUUUUUGCCCACUAAUGGGCCGUCCGAUUAGAAAAAAAGAUUUUGUUGUAUCAGGUAGACUUAAAAAUCUGCCUAUUGAAAUGUUGCCUUAUAAAAAUUAUGUAAAGAAAAAUAAAAACCUCGACGCUUUUCGUUUUGAUGCAGCUAUAGGCGUUCAGGAUCCAUUUGAUUUAAGCCAUAAUCUUACCAAAGCAGUUAAAAAAUCUACAAUGAAUCGAUUCAAAAUUUACUGCUUAUUGAGUACUCAAAAGCUAAUAGAUAAUAAAUAACCUUUUGUCUUUCAGUUUUCAUCAAACAGUGCACUGUGCACAUAUCAAAAGUUCAAUACCAUUUUCUCUAAUAUCGGUGCAAUCGUCAUUUUUAUUUAUCAUCGCUUGGCAUACUUAUUACUUUUUUAUAAUUUAUAAUUAUCAGUAUUUAGUUCGAAAUUAAAUAUUUAUUUCUUUAAGUAUUAUAUUUUUGUACCAUAAUCUUAAAAUC